AUGGCGGUUGUAGUAGAAACUACCAUAGGAGAUUUUACUGUUGAUUUAUAUACCGAAGAACGGCCACAAAGUAAGUGCGAAACAAGAAUAGAGGUUAAGUUUUCUUAAUAUUGGUUUGAAUGAAUACACUAUUGGUUUGAAUGAAAGAAAUCUCAUCGUUGAUAAUGUUGUUUAUUAACGUGGGUAAUAUUUUGCAGCAUGUCGAAACUUUUUAAAAUUGUGCAAAUUGAAGUAUUACAACUGGAAUCUAUUCCACUCCGUUCAGAGCAAUUUUAUUGCUCAAACUGGGGACCCGACUAGUACUGGAAAAGGUGGCGAAAGUGUCUAUGGAAUAGUAUUAGGUGAGAAAGCAAGAUACUACGAAGCAGAGCAAAUACCAAAAAUAAAGCAUGAUAGAAGUGGCUUAUUGUCUAUGGUUAAUUGUGGCAACAACAUGCUUGGAUCUCAGUUUUUUAUCACUCUUGCACCUGAACUUCAAUCAUUGGAUGGAGAGCAUUGCAUAUUUGGUGAAAUUACCGAAGGCCUGGAAAUUAUUCUCAAGUUUAACGAAACUAUCUGUGAUGGAGAUCAUAGACCGUACCAGGACAUACGUAUCUCUCAUACUGUUAUUUUGGAAGAUCCUUUUGAAGAUCCAAAGGGUUUUAUCGUGCCUGAUCAAAGUCCACCACCCUCUAAAGAAGUCUUAAUGAGCGAUAGAAUCGGUGCUGACGAAGUGAUAGAUGAUACAGCUGGUAUGACGGCAGAGGAGAUUGUAGAAAUGCAAAGAGAUAAAGAAGCUAAAGCAAGAGCUACAAUACUGGAAAUCGUGGGUGAUAUUCCGGAUGCAGACAUGGCUCCUCCGGAAAAUGUCUUAUUUGUUUGUAAAUUGAAUCCUGUUACAACGGACGAUGACCUGGAAAUUAUUUUCAGCAGAUUUGGAAAAAUUAUUGGUUGUGAAGUCAUUAGAGAUCGGCAAACCGGAGACUCGUUGCAAUAUGCUUUUAUUGAAUUUGCCGAUCACAAAAGUUGCGAAGAGGCGUAUUUUAAAAUGGACAACGUAUUGAUCGACGAUCGUCGUAUACACGUUGAUUUUUCGCAAUCGGUAGCCAAAAUGAGAUGGAAAGGCAAGGGUAAAGGCAUACAAUAUUUCGAUGAUAAAGGAAACGAGCUUGGAAAUAUGGAUCAACGGAUUAGACAUGAAGAGGAAAUAUUAGAACACAGAAAACACGAGCGUAGGAAGAACGCUGUUAAAGAUGAUGCCAAAUACGUUUAUAACGGGGAUAGAUAUGUAGAGAAGGAAAAGUAUAAGGCGCAAAGGCAUCGUGAUGGCGAAAGAUAUGACUACGAUUCCAGACGCAGAAAAGAAAGGAAAAGGAAAAGUAGAGAUAGAAGUAAAGAUAAAAGCAGAGAUAGAAACCGAGAGAAAAGCAAGCGGGAAAUUUAUAAAGAGCAGAAACAGAAAAAGAGAUACGGCAGUGAGAAAAAAAGACGGGAUAGGGAAUGUUCUAAUUCUAAUAGCGAGGAUUCAAGACACGAGAAAUAUAAAGAAAGAUACUCGAGUCAUAAAAAAAAGCGUGCUAAAAAUCGAUCCGUAGAAAGGUGUGAAAAAUCGGAAAAGCACAAGCAAAAAAGGAGAUGA